ACGGCUUCCUGCCGGGCUGAGCUGAGCGGAGUGAGGUGACCGCGCUUCCACACCGGGAUGAGCUUGAGAAGCCGAGGGGGAGUCAUCCUGGUCGGCAUGCCGAGCAUCGCGGCUUCUCGCUGCUCAAUUUGAGGUCGUUGAAGAGCGAAUGCGGAUUUUGAGGGGAAAUGAGUAACAGCGUUGGCUCCAGGACGGAAGGCUUGGACAGAUCAGUCGCCAUGUCCAACGGACGGGUCUUGUCUCCCGACGGCCCAACUGGCUCCACGCUCGGCCCGCUGCCGGAGGAGCCGGCCGGCGGGCCUCAGUCGUCCCUGACAGAAAUCACCGAUAUGUGGGUGAAAUUCGGGAAGACGUUCGCCGCUAUCCUGCCCAUCUACAUCCUGGGCUACUUGGAGUUCAGCUUCAGCUGGGUACUCAUCGGACUGGCCGCCUUAUUCUACUGGAGACGAGCCCAUGGCAGCAAGGACUACAGGAUCAACCGUGCCCUAGCCUUCCUGGAGCAUGAGGACAAAGUCAUCAAGCAGACUCUGCCCACCACUGAGCUACCAUCAUGGGUUCAUUAUCCAGAUGUGGAGAGAGUUGAGUGGCUCAAUAAGACGGUGAAGCAGAUGUGGCCGUUCAUCUGCCAGUUCGUGGACAAGCUGUUCAGGGAGAGCAUCGAGCCGGCGGUGAAGGGGGCUAACUCGCAUCUCAGCUCCUUCUGCUUCUCCAAGAUCGACAUGGGCGACAAGCCUCUGAGGGUGAACGGUGUGAAAGUUUACACGGAGAAUGUGGACAAGAGGCAGGUCAUCAUGGACAUGCAGAUCAGUUUUGUGGGCAACACUGAGAUCGACGUAGACAUCAAGAAGUAUUACUGCAGGGCUGGAAUCAAGAGCAUCCAGCUUCAUGGCGUGAUGCGUGUGGUGAUGGAGCCUCUCCUUGGAGACAUGCCUCUCAUUGGCGCGCUCUCCGUCUUCUUCCUCAAGAAACCGCUUCUGGACAUCAACUGGACAGGCCUGACCAACAUGCUGGACAUUCCCGGGAUCAACGGUUUGUGCGACAACCUGAUCCAGGACAUCAUCUACAGCUUCCUGGUGCUCCCCAACCGCAUCACUAUCCCUCUGGUGGGCGAGGCUCAGCUGGACCACCUCCUCUUCCCCGUGCCCAAAGGCAUCCUGCGCCUCCAUUUCAUGGAGGCCCAGGACCUUUUGGGCAAGGACAAGUUCCUGGGCGGUCUCAUCAAGGGCAAGUCGGACCCCUACGGAGUCAUCCGGGUGGGCAACCAGCUCUUCCAGAGCAAAGUCAUCCACGAGACAGUCAACCCCAAGUGGAACGCCGUGUACGAGGCGCAAGUCAUGGACCCGGCCGGACAGAAUCUGGAGGUCCAGUUGUACGACGAAGACACAGACAAAGACGAUGUGCUGGGAAGCGUGACCAUCGACUUGGGCGAGUUGGCCAAGGAGCAGAAGGUGGACGAGUGGUUUAGUCUGGAAGGCGUGGCUUCGGGGAAGUUGCAUCUGAAGCUGGAGUGGUUGUCUCUGCUGUCCACGCCCGACAAGCUGGACGAGGCUCUAUCCAGCAUCCGCGCCGACCGCGGCAAAGCCAAUGACGGCCUCUCGUCCGCGCUGCUCGUCGUCUUCUUGGACUCUGCGAGAAAUCUGCCGGCCGGGAAAAAAGUGACCAGUGAUCCGAGUCCAUUUGUCCAGCUCAGAGUGGGUCACAAGUCCCACGAGAGCAAGACGCGCUACAAGACCAACGAGCCAGUGUGGGAAGAAGCUUUCUCCUUCUUGGUCCACAACCCCAGGAGUCAAGAUCUGGAGGUUGAGGUGAAAGACGCCAAACACGACAACUGUACUUUGGGAACGCUGGCUCUGCCUCUGGGCCGCCUGCUGGAGGCAGAAGACAUGACACUCAACCAGCAGUUUCCUCUCAGGAACUCUGGACCCAGCUGCAGUCUCAAGAUGAAGAUGGCUCUGCGGGUGUUGUGUUUGGACAAAGACGCAUCUCCUGGCUUUGAGCCGAACCAGGCCUCGUCCGGACUCAAGUCCAGUUCCACCAGCCCGACGCCACGCCUGUCCGUGUCCUCCGACUCCGCCAUGGACAUCCCACGCUCGGCCUCCGUGUCAGCUCAUGACGCCCUGAGGCGGCGUCGGGAGGCCGAGGAGGAGCUUCAGCUGGAGGGUCGGUUGAAGGGGGGCAGCCUGGCUGAGAGGGGCCGCAGCUCGUCCCAUUUGGCCAUCUCGGGAUCGCAGUACUUCCUGGACGGAGGGAAGGAGGCCACGCCCAGCAUCGCCUCCGACAUCUCUAACCCGUACGCCGCUCAGGAGCUGCAGCAGAGACUCCAGCAGAUGCAGAAUGGUUCUGGACCCAACUACUUCCCCCUGGGGGAGAUCCAGCUGACGGUGAGACACAGCUCACAGAGGAACAAGUUGGUGGUGAUGGUCCAUGCUUGCAGGAACCUGAUCUCGUUCAGCGACCACGGGUCGGACCCUUACGUGCGGCUCUACUUGCUACCUGACAAGAGGCGGUCGGGAAGGAGGAAAACUCACACCUUCAAGAAAACACUCAACCCCGUUUAUAAUCAGACCUUCGAGUUCAGCGUGUCCCUGGUGGAGCUCCACAGGAGAACUCUGGAUGUGGCCGUCAAGAACAGUGGAGGGCUGCUCUCCAAACACAAGGGCCUUCUGGGAAAGUUGUUGGUGAAUUUGGGCCAAGAGGACAUUGCCAAGGGCUGGACACAAUGGUAUGAGCUUACUGAAGACGGCCAAAAGAAGCCUCAUCAGCUCUAAAGUCUCAUCCUCAUCAUCAUGAUCACUUCAGCAUCAUUCUAAUCUUCACAUUUUGUGCGACUUUCCUUUCCGAACAAACAAAAAAAGCAGCUUCAAUGUUGAGUGGCAAGGCAGACCUUCCUUUUAAGGCUAAAGGGAACGUACGCAAACAUGUCGUAUAUUUAUAUUAUCGAACAUGUCAUAUUUGUAAAUAUGCACCACCAAGCUGGAUGAAGACGGCUAGCAUUUAAUUUGUAUUUUUUUUCUUAAUGAUGGCUGUCAUAUGUACAAAGGGACACACAGAAAAGAGGAAAAAAAAGAGAGACUUUCAGUUAAAAAAAUAGUCAUAUUUUGCAAGGAAAAAGUCAUUUUUGAGAUUGGAAAAAAGUUACAGAUAUUACACGGUUUCAGUCAGAAUUUAAUGAGGGCAAAAAAACAUUUUAAGUUAAUUAUUAUCCAAGUUUGUUCUCGUAAUAUUCUGACUAGUGAAAAAAUAUGACCGCAAUCUCAUUCUAAUUUUAAUUAAUUUGUUAAAAAAUACCUUUGUUUCUUGAAAAAAAAUUACCGUGUCUUGCGAAAAAAAAAUUUCUUUUAAAGUCAACUUAAAAAAAAUUCUUUUUUUCAAUCUGUUCUCGAACAACAACUUGUUUCUUGAUUGUUUUUUUUUUUUGGUGGCUAUUCCUCUUUAAAGAGUAGCUUUAUUUUUUGUAGAGUUGUGUUAUUGCUCACUUUUUCCUGAAUAACAAUACAAACCUUUUCUUUCUUAGAGAAAAAAAAUUCAACUUUGACCCAGAUUUUUUUCUUGAUUGUUUUUUGGACUUUUUUUUUUUCUUAAAAAGUUUUUUUUCAAUUUUCUAAUUACUUGUUUUCUCGAAUUUUUUUUUAUUUUUUAGAAAGAAAGUACUGUAUUUUUUCCCCUAUAUGCGU